GCUAGAAACGCUAUGAUGCAGGAAGACAGCAAUGGAGACUUUGAAAUUGUUGACAAGAAGAUGGCCACUCUGUUGACUUCAGGAACAUGAACACACAAGACAUAAUACAGCAAGCUCAGGAUGCCUUUGAUCGCAUGACACAUCGUACGUCUCCUCUCCUUCCCACACAUGUGGAAUGCAAUAUAGAAGCUUCAAUGGGUAGCAGUUCAGUUCUUGCAAAUGUACCACCUCCAUCUGCCUUACCAUCCUUCAUAGCUUCUCCACGCCCACCUGCUCCUACAAGCCUCCCAUCCAAUGCAAUGCCUAAUCCACUUCCAGCUAAUCCACAGUCUGGCCCACCUCCUGGACCUGCUCCACAUCAGGGCUCCAUGUCUGUUCAGCCACCAAGCACAGUACCGUAUUCCCCCAGUAAUACCACAGUGGUAGGGUCAUCCAUGGGUGCACCUAUUCCUUCCCCAGGGAAUGUGCUAUCUUCCAAUGCAGGACCCAUACCCCAGUAUCCAGGAGCACCUGGCAGUGGUCCAACUCCACCCCCUGCAGCAGUGCGUGGACCAUCUCCUCCAAUAUCUGUGUCUGGUGGUUCAAUGCCACCUGGAGGUCCUCAGCUGGCUCCACCAAUAGCAAGUGCACCACCACCUGUUUCAUUCACAUCAUCAAGCUCCAACCCGCCCAUCACCAGUCAGCCAGUGGCUCCUGCUGUCCAAGGUAGUGUAGAUGCUUCUGCUGCAGUUGAUCUUGGUUCACCUGGCGUAGGAGGACCUGCAGGAAAUAGAGGCAGUUGGCUGGGAUGGAUCCGUGGCACUGUGUCCAAUGUCGGUCAUCGGGUGGCAGAGAAGGCCAAGAAUUCUAUGGACACCAUGAUCACUACUUUGGACCCACAGAUGAAGGAAUUCAUUCAUUCUGGUGGAGAUAUGGACAUCAUAGUAGCCUCAGACAAGGAAGUGAAAGUAGGAGCAGUGAGAGAGGCCUUCCAACAGACUUUUGGCAAGGCUACAGUAAGUGGUAUGCCAGCUUCUGUAGAAGGCAUAGCAAAUCAACCAGUUGGUUUCGAGGCUGCCCUCCAAUCUGCUGAGGGGCGAAUUAACUCUCUCAGAUCCUCAGGCAGAGUGCAUCCACAACAGCCUAUUGUUGCUGUAGAGAAUUUCAUUGCUGAAUUUACUCCAGACUGGUGAGUAUUGUUAUUUAGGAGUUUAUUA